AUGUUUCUCGAAGCUUUGCUUGUGUUCUUCCUCCUCCUCUUUACCUUUUGCUCAUCCAUUGACACCAUAGCACUGAACCAACUUGUGAAAGAUGGUGACUUCAUAGUGUCCAAAGAAAACAAAUUUGAAUUAGGCUUCUUCAGCCCCGACAACUCGAGCUCUCGCUAUGUUGGGAUUUGGUAUGCAAAUAAGUCUGAAAAGGCAGUGGUUUGGGUUGCAAACAGAAACAACCCCAUCAAUGAUACCUCUGGUGUUCUCACAAUCAACAGGUACGGAAAAUUGGUUCUUUAUGCUCACAAUAUUGACGACGUUUCUAUUUGGUCAACAAAUGUGUCGGUCGAAACCACAAGCACUUGUGUAGCUCAGCUUUUAGACACAGGAAAUUUAGUGCUUUUCCCGGAUAGUAUUAGUAAAAGUGAAAGCUUUAUAUGGCAGAGUUUUGAUUACCCUACAGAUACUCUACUUUCCGGAAUGAAAGUUGGGUUGAAUUGGAAAACUGGGAUGGAAUGGAUCUUAACAUCUUGGAAGUCCCAAAAUGACCCUGGAACGGGGAACUAUAGCUUGAGGCUCAAUUCCAAUCAGACUGCUACGCCUGAAUAUUUUUUAAUUAGAUCGGUGGUGACGGAUUAUGGGGUUUAUCAACAACUGCUAUGGAGUGAGGCUACUAAUAAAUGGGAGGAGCUCUGGGCUGCACCAAAAUACCGGUGUGACCCAUAUGGCCGCUGUGGUGCCAACAGCAAAUGUAGCCCUGACAAUAUUAAUAGGUUUGAGUGUGAGUGCCUACCAGGGUAUGAACCAAAAUCUCAAAAUGCUUGGAAUGGGAGAGAUGGGUCAGAUGGGUGUGUGAGUAAGCGAAUGGGGGUGUCAAAGUGUGGGAAUGGGGAAGGGUUUGUGAAGGUGGCACGGGUGAAAGAGCCAGACACAUUGGAAGCAGCACGAUUGUUAGCAAGUACCAGUGCCAAUGAGUGUGAGCAGGUGUGCUUACGCAAUUGUUCCUGCACGGCAUAUAUACACAUAGAAUGGGACGGUCGCAAUGAUUGCUUGGUAUGGUACGGUGAGUUGCUGGACAUUUUAGUCCGCUCAGAGCUAGGACAAGAUCUAUAUGUUCGGGUGGACAAAAUGGAAUUAGCUGAUAAUACCAGAAAAUCGAAAGGUUUUCUCAAAAGGAGGGGUUUGCUGGCUAUUGCAAUAGUGGCUGUGCUUCUCACAUUCGUACUAAUCAUUGUGUUUGUGUACUGGUGGCUGAAGAGAAAGAGGACGAUAAAAGACUUUGUGGAGGCGGAUGAACUUGAGGAAACUAGGAGACACCCAGAGCUGCAAUUUUUCCAUCUGAGCACAAUAAUAGUAGCCACAGACAACUUCUCUCCUGUCAAUAAACUUGGCCAAGGUGGUUUUGGCACUGUUUAUAAGGGUCUGUUAGCAAAUGAUCAGAAGAUUGCUGUAAAAAGAUUGUCCAAAACUUCAGGACAAGGAAUUGAAGAAUUCAAAAAUGAAGUUGCUCUGAUAGCUAGACUUCAACACAGAAAUCUUGUGAAACUUUUAGGCUGUUGUAUAAAGGGAGAAGAAAGGAUGUUAGUUCUGGAACACUUGCCAAACAAAAGCUUGGACUCCAUUCUUUUUGAUCACGCUAAAAGAUCCUUGUUGGAUUGGAAAAAGCGGUUUGAAAUUAUCAAUGGGGUUGCUCGUGGGAUUCUUUAUCUCCACCAGGACUCAAGACUUAGGAUAAUCCAUAGGGAUCUAAAAACCAGCAAUGUUCUUCUAGAUGCUGAGAUGAACCCAAAAGUUUCAGAUUUUGGCAUGGCAAGAAUAUUCCAUGGGGACAAACUGCAGGAUAAGACCAAUAGAGUUGUUGGAACAUAUGGCUAUAUGUCACCAGAGUAUGCAGUGUUCGGGAGAUAUUCAACGAAAUCAGAUGUCUUUAGUUUUGGGAUCAUAUUGUUAGAGAUUGUAAGCGGCAAGAAAAACAGCGGAUCUUAUCAGCAGGAUGAAUCGCUAAACUUGAUAGGACAUGUUUGGCAGCUGUGGAGAGAAGAUAGAGCCUUAGAAAUUGUGGAUUCAUCACUACAGUCAUAUCAUUCUGAUGAAGUCUUGAGAUGCAUUCAAGUCGGGCUCUUGUGCGUGCAAGAAGAUUCAGAGGACCGACCAACCAUGUCAGCCGUUGUAUUUAUGUUGAGUGGUGAAGCAUCUCCUCCAUCUCCUAAGCAGCCUGCAUUUGUCUUCAGAAAAAGUUCCGGCAAUGAUGCUGCUGAUCCAUCAAUUCCAAAAGGAUCAGAUUCGUCUAUUAACGACUUGACAAUAACUAAACUUGAGUCUCGAAAAUGA